AUGAUCGCGCCCAUGAGGAUGAGAGGGGAGGGAGUGAAACAUUCCCAAGGAGCAGGAGAGGGCGGGCACCGUGCUGGACACACCCCCCCCCAACCAUCUGCGCCACCACGGACGCCCGUAUACGCGUCCCCACCUGCAGCUCUUGACUCCCCCUUCCUUCCUCCCCUUUCUCACCAGCCCGCGCCCCUCCCCCCCUGCUACUCCAUCCCACGCUCGCUGCCUCUCACUCCUCCCUCUGCCUGCCCCUCCUUCGCGCUGCUGCUCCACUGCACCCACUGCCUGUCUGGCCCCGUCGCUUGCGGCACCCAGGUGAAGUGGUCCCACAAAGGAGCAGACGGCGAGCACGGAUGCUGCGGGGCUCACUUGGGCGGACGGCGACAAGGAAGGAGAGCAAGGAACAGGAUGAGCGACACGGGGAAGCGAGAGGGGGGAGAAGCGGGGACGAAGGGCAAGGACGGUGGGACGGAAGGAGAAGGAAGCGCUGCCUGCCUGCCUCUCUACUCUGCCCUCGCUACCCUGCUCCUCCCCCACCCACCCCCCUGUCCCCCCCCGAUCCCCCCUGAAUACAUUCCGCGCCCUCCCCUCCUCUCCGCCCCUGCCCUGUUCCGCCAGCGUCACCGCCGUCACCCCUCAUCGCCGCACCCCGCUCCUUCUGCGCCCUUCGCACCUGCUCCGCCGCGAAAGCAAUCUCCCUUGCUGAACCCGCGCAGCUUCCGCCUGCUUCCCUGCGCCUGCCCCUGGCUUUGCCGCAUCAUCUGCAUCAUUUGCCCCUUUCUUUCCUGUCGCCCUCUCUCUCGCAUUCGCCUCUUCCUCUCCCAGUCUCCUUCCUUAUUCUCUCAUUCUGUUCCUCUCUUCCUUCCUCACCCCCUUCCUCUCUUCCUCUCUCAUCCUGAUUCGUACUACCUGUCUCCUCCUCUCGUAAUCUCUCACUCUCUUCCUCUCUUCCUCUCUUCCUCCCUCAACCUCUCACACUCGUCCUCUCUCUUCCUCUCGUCUCUCACCCUCCUCUUUUCUUCUCUCACUUUCUCCCUUUCUUCGUCUCUCACCCUCCUCUCUUCCUCUCUCACUUUCUCCCUCUCUUCCUCUCUCUUCCUCUCCUCCAUCUGCCCAAGCCUCUCCGCCAGUCUCGUCGUCACGCCAACCUUCAUGGCGCGCAGCAAGCACCAUCGGCUCACGCCCAUCAGCUGCUCUAACGACAGCUCCUCCGCGCUCCCUGUUCCUCCGCCCAUCAUGCCGCUCGCGCGCAUCGCCACGUCGACCUGCCGCCUCCGCGCAUGCAUUCCGCCUCCACCGAACUCCCUCGUUUCCCCAACCUCCGCCUCGGCGAUUUCCCAGUUCUCCGUUGCGCCCUUCUCAGCACAGCAUCUGCGCUUUCUGCGCUGCGCCUCGCCGCGCAAAUCGCCGCAAAGGGUCCAGCCGUUCAUCCUCUCUCAUCUGUUCUUUGCGGAUGCCCUGGGGCAAAAAGAAAGUACCAAGGAAGACGAGAGGCACAAGCCAAUGAGAGGAGCCCCGACAGGAACUGGCGGAGCAGAGCUGAAUUCCAGUGAUUCUGAUGCUGGCAGUAGCAAGGCCAAGGAAGUGGGGAAGGUAGGCGCUGCCAAACAUGAGCAGUGGUUAGAGCUUCAAAAUUUGGAAGAGUGGCUGGAUGCCUUGCUGGGGGCAGGACAGUACCAGCAGGGUGGACAAGGUCAAUUCACUGCCGCAAACAGAGGGGAAGCAGAGAAGGCGGUAGAGGAAGAAGACAAGAUUAUGACGCGAAAGAAGCACGCUUUCCAGAAUGACCCGGAUGGAGCGGGACAGCCCACCGGGGCAACCGGAGGAGCAGCAGGGAGAGCAAUAGUGGAGGAACGUUCAAAGCCACUUCAGCUGCUGUCUAGGCUGGACAUGGUUCACUACUUGAACGUGACGGGCGGGUGGGAUGAGGAUCUGCGCGGGCUGGAGAUGGCGCAUGCACAGGGGAGGGGGAUGGGGUUGGCUGAGGAGAAGGCUGUCGAGAAGACGUAUGGGGGGGCGAAGGGCAUGUGCGAGGCUUCACCUGGGAGGGAGGAUGGGAGACACGGAGAGGAAGAGGCAGGGAGCAAGGUAGAGAUGGAUGGGGUUGUUGGCGUGUGGGGGAGGGCACGAAAGGACGUGAAGUGGAGGGCGCAUCUGAAGGGACGUGUGUGGGAGAGGUUCGGCGCCAUCCCGAAGCCUCUAGAGGGAAGCAGCAUUGCUUUGGAGUGGGAGGAGUGGCCUGCAGGCGAGGAAGCUGCUGUGAAGUUUCCUGUGAACCGAAAGGAGAGGUGUUUUGGGCUUGGGAUAGUGGAGGAGCGUGGUGAAGCAGCUGAGAAGCUGAUUGGGCAUCCUGCAGAAGGCCAAGGAGAUGUGGACUUCCUGGUGGGGUUUGCCGGGUAUGUCAUGCACCCUCCUGCCUGCACCCAGUGCAGCACCUGCUCUGCGGAAUUCAUGCAAUCCGUGUGCAUGGCUGCUCUCAUUGUCAACUUUGCUUACUGCCCCGUCAGCCAUCUGUUCUCCCGCUUGCUCUCGGUCUUCCCUCCCUCCUCCCCUGGCUUCGACAAGCUGGUUGAGUGUCUGGACCUCCCCGCACGCCUGCCCAGGCCGUUGAACCUGCACAUGCUGCUGAGACGAGCGGAGCAAGUGCCUCUGUACUUCCUCAUUCACAUGGCAGUGUGGUGCGCUCGUCCUCUUCUGAAUCUUGCUUGUUCUGAGGGAGGGUACAGUGAGAAAGGGCAGGGAGUGCAGUCAGGUGCACGAAAAAAUGAAGUGGCGGAAAUGGGAAAAGGUGGCAGUGUGAAGGUGCAAGGCUGCUGGGAUGGUGAGGUGUGGGAAGAGGUGGAAAUAUGGUACUUUGCAGCAAUGAAGACAUGGAUGUCAAACCUGAGGGUUGAGGGAGGGAGUGAGGAGUGCAGCGGCAGCAGAGAGCGGGAGAGGCCUACAGGGGGGUUCGAUAUCACGUGGGCUCUUGCAGCGGCGAUCAUCCCGAGAUACUGUGAGGGGUUGCAGGGGCAGCAAAGGUCUGCCAUGGGGAGCAGCAACAAGGGCAGCAGCAGCAGCAGCGGCGGCGGCUGUGAGAAGAAGGGCGAGAAGGGGGAGGAGCCGGCGUAUCUGAAGGCAUGGCCAGGGGGAGUCAAUCUGGUGGCAUGUCUGCGAGAGAUGCUGCUGGGGGAGCCGUGCUACCACCCUGCCUCCCCUGCUGCCCCUUCCAUCCAUGCUACUGCUUCCACCCAUCCUGCUGCUUCCACCCAUCCUGCUGCUUCCACCCAUCCUGCAGAUAGCAUCCGAGCUGGAUCUGCUGCUACCGCUGCUGCUGCUUCAGGUGUCCGAGGCCGUGUGUGCGGUGCUGCGGGAUGUGGGAUGGUGGAGGGUGGCGGAGUGAAGCUGAGGAGGUGCGGUGGGUGUGGCAAGGUGGCGUAUUGCAGCAGAGAGUGCCAAAAGGCGCACUGGCCCUCCCACAAGCUCACAUGCCCUGGCAGGAACAGCGGGGAGAAGAAUGGGAAGGAUGGGAGUGGGGUUGGGAGCAAGGAUGGUCGCAUAAAAAUUGGCAAGGAGAGUGAUUGUGAGGGUUGCGCGCAUCGUCUGAACGUCGUCAUGAACAAGUGGUGUGGGAUGUGA